CGGAUAUAGUGAAUGCAGGGUGCGGGGAGAUUAGAUAUAGUGAAUGCAGGGUCCGGAGAGAGCAGAUAUAGGAAAUGCAGGGUCCGGGGAGACCAGAUAUAGUGAAUGCAGGGUCCUGGGGAGACUGGAUAUAGUGAAUGCAGGGUCCGGGGAGAGCGGAUAUAGUGAGUGCAGGGUCCGGGGAGACCAGAUUUAGUGAAUGCAGGGGUCCGGGGAGAGCGGAUAUAGUGAAUGCAGGGUCCGGGGAGACCGGAUAUAGUGAAUGCAGGGUCCGGGGAGAGCGGAUAUAGUGAAUGCAGGGUCCGGGGAGAGCGGAUUUAGUGAAUGCGGGGUCCGGGGAGA